AUGGCACCUGUAAAGAUCACCGAAACUCACAUGGAUUCACGAAAUCAAGGGCCACAAAAUGGUGGAAUUGACAAUGGUUUAGGCUCUUAUACUUACCCAGUAUAUAAGAAUUUGGAUCCAUCAACUCUCACAGAAGGAAAAGUGGUCAAAUUCAAUCUUGUUUUGACUGCAAAUGCACUUGAGACCGUCAACGUGCCUGUUUUAGCCUACAGAUCGAGAAAAGCCGGGCCUACAGUCGGUAUCACUUGUGCUAUUCAUGGAAACGAGAUCAAUGGAAUACCGGUAAUACAGAAACUGUUCGAGGACAUCAACAACAACAGUCUUGAGCUCCUCAGUGGGACUGUCAUAGGAGUCCCGGUUGUCAAUGUCCCGGGGUUUCUCGCAUCAAUUCGCCAGUUUGACGAUGAAUCAAAACAGGACUUAAAUAGACUUAUGCCUGGGAAGCAAACCGGAGCAGCGCCUGAACAAUACGCUCAUGCAAUAUUCAACAAGAUCGUCAGCAGUUUUGACUACGUUAUCGACCUUCAUACAGCAUCUGCCGGUCGGCAAAAUUCUCUCUAUGUUCGAGCUGACAUGAGUCAUCCUACUAUUGGAGGUUUGGCGCGCCUUAUGCAGCCCCAGGUUCUUGUUCAUAUAGCCACGAAAGGAUCAUUGCGAGGCUGUGCUCAAAGCCAGGGUAUUCAUGCCUUGACUGUCGAAAUUGGGAACCCUAGUGUUUUCCAACCUAACUUCAUCAAUGCAACUUAUGCAGGUAUACGCCGUGUUAUUGCUUCGAUAGGCCUGACAUCAGAAUAUGAGCCAACUCCAUCUAUCAUCGAAUCUAUUCGCAAGAUAACUCCGGAAGGGACCGCGGUUUGUACGAGAAGUUUUUGGGUUUAUUCAAAACUAGGGGGAAUUCUCAAAGUGUUCAAAAAGCCUGCAGAGAGAGUCCACCCACGAGAGCUGAUCGGAGAAAUACAAACCAUAUUUGGAGAUCCUGUGGAAAAGAUAUAUGCUCCUGAUUUCGAGACGGUGGUAGUGGGCAUAGAAGCAAAUCCAGUGGCUAAAUCUGGAAAUCGGGUGGUAAGUGUAUCUUAA